GUACACUCACACACGCAGUUUCUUUUGCGGUUGAUUUAAAGGUUGAAACUGUGGAAACAUAUGUCCAUUUUCCAAAUAUGGCACACGGUUUAGCAGAGAAUCUGGAUACAUCAGACACAGAUGUGAUGUUUAGAGAAGGUGAAAGCACAGUAAAGAUGCGAAGCAUCUUUGUCUCAAAAGCUCUGAGAAAGUGGAGACUUGCUUCAAAAGAAAGACAGAGCAUCUGUGGCUCUGGAGCGUCUGCACCGGAUCUUCACUGUCAGUCUUGUGUUGACGUUGCUGAUUCAGAUCAGUGGGUUCAGGUGGAGCCGUCAGUCUGUAGAGAUGAAGGAGGCUCAGAGUUCAGGAUCAGCACUCCUGCAGGUCGAUUCCAGUGCAGCAGGACCAGAAUGCGAUGGGUCUGUGAUGUAGACGUCACUCUCCACUACCGGGAAGUGGAUGGACAUUUCCUCAACGCAGAGCUGGAGAGACUUCAGUGUGAGCGAGUCGCUCCUGUGCUGGAUGUGAAUGUGAUCUCAGGGAAACUGGAGGAGGCUCAUCUGCCUCACUACAUGUGUUUAGCAGAGUCAGACCCUGCUCUCACCAGCGCUGUCAUGCUCCUCAGUGUUGAAGAUGAGGGAAUAUCCUUGGAGUCUGUGGAGUUGACUCGCUUCCAUGCUAAAAUACUCCAACCCAUGUUUUCUCAUAAGACAGUGCUUGUGAAACUAGGGAUACCAGUGAAAGUGCACUGUGAUCUACUUAUCUUCAUGACACAAACGUGCCCCAUCAUUCUCCAUGUGUACUUUUUCCCAUCCAAUAAAUUUGUUAAAGAAAAAAUUAAAACAGAGGAAAAAUCAAGUCACCAAAUCAAGUGUUCAAGACCUGAAGUCCCUCUGCAGAUGAAGAAACAACACAGCCUUGAAGUUCUUGGUGCCGUUGUUCAACCUAAAACGAUCAAGUUGAGAGGUGACGACGAGCCAAACUUCUUUCAGGUCAAACAACCUGUGGUCGAUGACAUCAUUAUGAUCCUCAGCCGAGUGGAUGAUCAUAAAUCAGUAUGGACAGGAACAAUUUGGAAAGAACUGAUCCAUAGAAAACCAAACAAAACAGAGUCUGACUUGUUUCAGUCUGGACAAAAACACAAGACACCACAGCCAGCUUGCAGCUUUGACAAAGCUCAGUUUUUCGAUACACAUUGGUGUAAUCUUAUUAAAAGUGUUAAAAAUGUAAACGCUGUUGCAGACAAACUGCUUCACGCACAAAUCAUUCAUGAAGAAUUGUAUUCUGAAAUCACACAUCCUAAUUCAACCAGUGAGGAAAGCAUGAGAGGGAUCUGUGUCAUAGUGAGGAAAGGCAGUGACGCCGUCAAAGAAAUCUUCAUCUCUAUUCUUCUGCAAGAAAAUCCCAAUCUUUUAAAUCAUCUGCCUUUAUCUGACUCUUAAACUGUUUCGUGUAAUGAUUCUACGUGUGGUAUUUUACACAAAUGAUGAAAUGACAUGGAAACCACAAGUGAUCAGAUCUUACCUUUAUGCUGCAGCUUUUGGAGAAUACUAUUUUAAGGGUUCUCACUCUCACUCAGCCAAAUUCCCUGACUUUCACUGACUAAAAAGCUGAAUUUACAUGACCUGUAAUGAAUGGAAAAACAAGGCGCUAUUGUGCUUUGCAUAAUACUAAAAUAGUUUUAGCUUUCAUGAUUUUAAUAGUCAUUAUAAUAGCAAUAAUGGAUAAUUUACCUCAGAUUUGUAAAAUAAAUGAAAAAGAAACAAGAGCACAGUCUGACACUCGGUGUACUUUCAAUAGCCACAGUUUACUUGAUCCGUGCCCAGGCACGAUUGUUCCCCUUCCCCUCUCCCCGCACUUACAUUGCAUUUUUGCCUUCCGAGCCAGAGCAUGCUUACAUCAUCGAUGAUGCGACUGUUCAGUUUAACAGAAGAGAAGUGCUCUCACUCUAUACAGUGGAGAUUCCUUUGGAUAUAUUGUUUUGUAUUAUUUUAAGUCAUUUGAUAUGCAGUGACACAAAUCUUUUGCUGAACAGAUCCACCACUUCUGACACUUAUAAAUGUUCAUGAAAGUCAUCGUGCUGCACAUAUGAGGUUUGCUGAAGGUGCAGCUGAUGCGCAGUGAGGGGUUUGCAUAUUUAAAAGGCCAUGAAACCCACUCUUUCAAUUAAAGUCUACAUCAGAAUUUUUUGAAGGGAGGAGUGGGCGUGGUCGGCAGAGCAGGAAAAAAAAA